ACGCGCUUCCACAUGACAUUUUUGUAAAUAACAGUGGAUUCGUAAUUAUCAAGUUAGCUGUUAGUGGUGAUAUAACAUGAUUUCGUUUGCGUUAUAUAUAGUACAUUAUAUCUUUAAUAAAGCGCUUUUUAUAAUGAAUGAUUUAUGAACUUUGUAUCAUGUACAUCCGUCUAGUUUGUUACUGCUGAGUACAGUGACUUGGUCAAACAUUUCCAAGCUUUUAAGUUGCAUUAUGGAUACGUUUACCUUCCAGUUCCUGUGUCAUGACAUUUGUUUAUUUUUUGGUUUCUUGUAUAAUUCAUUUUCUGGUUACAAUGUUAGCACACCCGUGUGGUAUCAGGUAGCUUGCUUUUUAAUGACUUUAAAGAUUAAAUAGGUGUACGCGCACACAUUAACGCAAUAAGCACACGUGAUGGAAAAUGAAGAGCGUCUGGAGUCACUUGGGGAGAAACUGUACGACCUCAUUCAUACUAAACACCCUGAUAUGGCUCCAAAGCUAACAGGGAUGCUGCUGGAGCUUCCAGAGGCUGUGAUUGGUCAGAUGCUGCAGGAUGAAACUCUCCUUACUAAAGCACUGGAGCGGGCACUGGAGGCCCUGCACCCUGAUACCAGUAAACCACAGUCACAAGCUGAUGAUGUUGACUCUGUGUCAUCCGACUCCCUGGGUGAACAACUGUAUGAACUCAUCAACCUUUACAACACCGGACACACUCAGAAAAUUACAGGGAUGUUAUUGGAGCAGGAAAAAAAGAUGGUGCUUCAGCUGUUGUCGGAUCCUGUCCUGCUCGAGGAGAAAGUCGACAUGGCCUUGAAAACCUUACAAGGAUCUGGUUGUAAGCAAGGGGAGACUUGUGUGGGUGACAGCUCUGACCAAGACGAAGUAGAAGCAGUUGGAGAGAAACUGUUUGCACUCGUGCGAGACAUGGAACCGGCCCACUGUGCUGAUAUCACCGGGAUGCUGUUAGAAAUGGACCUUGGUACACUGCAUCAGCUUCUGUCUGAUCGGACCAUGCUGGAAGUCGCAGUGCAGCGAGCAAAGAGCGCUUGGGAGAAAGCACUAACUAAUGUGCGAAAAGAGACACCAUGAGGACUACAUUACGUCUUGUUAAACAGUGAAAGUAAAUGCCAAGAAUGAAGAAACUUGAAAGGCAUGACGACAUAAUCUUGUUAUAUUAUGACACUUGUCCUGCAUAUGAACUUUUGAGAUAAAUUGGUAAAGAGUAUAACAUGGUUAGCUACAUUCCUUUUAAAAGGAGAAAACUGACUUAACUUGAGAUGUAAAAGGGUGAGUCAAAAAUUAUUCGCACUCCUAUUAUAUGAACCUGACAUCAGUUCACUACAGUGCGAGGAAAACGACGGAGGCCUCAUUUGUAAUUUGCUUGAAAGAAGAGCAGCAUGCUGUGAUUAAUCCUUUGUGGUCUGAGGGUUUACAGUACCUGGUGCCGUAAUAACACGCAAAGGAGUAUAAACAGAAGCGUUUGCUUAUCUGCAGACAAAAUUUGGACCGAUACCCUAAGGAAGGUGAAAGUUACUGGAAGAGAAUCAUUACUGCUGGAAAGAUAAGAAUUCUCAAUGAAUUCCCACUCCUUAGAGUAAACGGCAGAGUGUGGAACAGAAACAUCCUCAAUCACGACCAAGAAAAACUUCACAUGGCAAUCAUAGACUGGAAACAACUUUAAAUAUCCUCCCUCUCGCUCCAUUGGAUCUUCACCUGUUUGUCCUCGUAGGGCUGCUUUCAGGGGACCAAAGAUUUACUUCUGAUAAGGAAGUAAACAUGAAGACAGCAGUGCAUUCGUGGCAUGCAGCACAGCCUAAAAUUUUAAUGAGGGAAAAUGGAAGCUUGGUGCCAGAUGGACAAAGUGUAAUAAAAAGCAAGGAGAUUUUGUAAAAAAAAAAAAAAAAAAAAAAUGUAUUUGUCUAUUCUAAAAAUUAAGUUCUAGCCAGAGGGCGGAUCAUUUUUGACUCACCCUCGUAAUUGGACAAUCCCAUGUUUCAGUUGUAUUUUCCCGUUGCACAUAUACUGAAAGGAAAUUCCUCUCCAGUCCUGAUAGCAGGAAGGUGAUUCGCUUAAUGCAAAGAACA